AUGUGUCUUGUUAACCCUCCCUCUCUUUCCAUCCCCUCCCUCCUUUCCCCCCUUCUCCCCUCCCUCCCCCUCUCCACAUCCACCUGGCACACACCGCACCACGCACCUCUCCAUCGUCCACCACACCCGCCAGCACCUCCCGUCGAUUCCCCUCCUCCCGCCAGUCAGCCGGGCCUACCCACAGGCGCCAUCAUCGGCAUUGCAGUGGCGGGGGGACUCCUGCUGCUUGCCCUUGCUGCUGCCGCUCUCUGGAUCUGGCACACGCGGAAUCGGGAAGAGCCUCACAAGCAACACAGGCAAGCAUCUCGGCUGAUCCGCAAGUACAGCCUAGUGCCGCCCAUGUGCCAGCAGUUCUCCCUGGGGGACAUGGAGCAGGCCACCAACAACUGGGCGGAGGCCAACCUGCUGGGUCCAUCUCCUAUAUUUGCUCUAUGCCCCCCCUCUCCCUCUGCACUGCUACCUCAUCCCUCCUUACUUCUCACCCCACCCUUCCCCACCCACCAGGUGACUCAGAUGGCCACAAAGCACCAUCCCAACCUGGUGCGGCUGCUGGGGUUCUGCAUAGACGUGGAGCCAGAGACAGCGCACGUGGAGCAGAUCCUCGUCUACGAGUUCGUGCCCAACGGGGACCUCGAGAAGAGGAUGGCGCCAGGUGCAGACAUACACCGCUCUUAA